CUAGGUAGAGAGGCUUCGCUACAAACAGGCCGAUCUGCCCUUACUAUAGAUAGAAUAGGAAUAACUGGAAAUAACCUCAUAUCCCAUGCGAAGGGUUACGAUGUUUUCGGUUUCGCGGGGUUACAACUAUUUAUAAAACCAGCUAUUCGAUCGUGUGCCAUUUAAAAUGGUCGAACACGCGUUACCGGCGUCCUAUCCGAGAUAAUUCAUCGUUGUGUCUUUGAACGCUGGUCGACGGUUUAUCGGGGAAUUACGGUUUCCGUGAUGGGACUUACGGUUUCGUGAGACCGGUGGAUCCACUUUGGUUUUUCUUUUUAAAAAUCCCGUAACAAAUUCAGUCAUGGCUCUCUUGGGGGCUCAAUUGGUUAUCACUCUUAUUAUAGUCAGUGUCAUCCAAAAAUUGACUCCACAUUUCUCCUUGGCAAGAUGGAUCUUAUGUUCUACAGGGUUGACACGCUACUUGUAUCCGACUGAUCAACAACUAAGGAGUCUCGUGGGUGUGCCUAAAGAGAAACCCAAAAAAGGCAAGCAUAUGGAGAACGGGAAGGUGGCUGAUGUGUUUCAAGUUCCUAGAAAUUUGGAUAUUACGCUUGAGAGUGCUAAGAUAACUACCUUAGAUGUAGUACAUUUAAAAUAUUAUACAGAGUAUCAGUGGUUGUUAGACUUUUCUGUUUAUGCUACUGUGGUCUAUAUUAUGACAGAGGUAUAUAAUUAUUUAUAUCCAAUCAAAGAUGAAAUAAAUCUAAGUAUGCUUUGGUGCUCGUUGGUUCUGGGUUUCGCAUUCAAAGUGUUGCUAUCUCUGUGGAUAGAAUAUUUCAAAGGAGAGGAGAGCAUAGGGGAAAGGUCGACGUGCAUUGUGAGUGGAUUUGCUUAUCUUCUCAUAGCUAUGAUGAUUCUUAUAGUCGAUGAAAACAACCUUGAGAUCGGAUUGGACAAAGCUUACGCGAGCUUUAAUCAUAGCGCGUCUUUGUUUUUAGAUAAUCAAGGUCUUUCGUCUACAGGACCUGCAUCAAAAAUUGUUAUAAAGUUCUUUCUUGCCUUAUGGUGUGGUUUGCUUGGUUCUUUGUUUACUUUCCCUGGAUUGAGAGUGUCGAAAAUGCAUUGGGAUGCAUUGAGAUAUUACAAAGAUCAAAAGAUAUUGGUAUUACUUUCAAACAUUAGUUAUGCUUCUCCACUCUUAUUGAUAAGCUUAUGGAUUAAACCUAUAAGUAGGGAUUAUCUUACAGUCCGAAUAUUUACUGGUAUGAAUGGUCCAAUAAUGACACCUUCAACAUUCGAGAGCAUGAGGCUAAUUGCAAUCAUCGUUGCGAUUUUGUUAAAGUUGAUAUUAAUGCCAAUGUAUCUGCAAUCAUACCUAAAUUUAGCCGUGCAACGAUUAGAGAGCCAGAAAAAGGAGGCCGGUAGAAUAAAAAAUGUCGAUUUGCAGAAAAAGAUUGCGGCAGUGUUUUACUAUUUGUGUGUCGUUGCGUUGCAAUUUAUUGUUCCGCUAAUCAUAUGUUUAUUUUUCACGUUCAUGUACAAGACACUGGGUGGUUACACGUGGGAAGGUAUUCUAAAAGAUGUAGCUGUAGACGAGUGCCCAGCAGAUGAGCCACCGAAGUCAGCGUUGAAUGGAAUGGUUAACGAUGAUCUUGAAAAAUCUGUAACACAAACUGCCCAAGACUUUCAGCUCGCGUUGGGUUCUUUGAAGCAGAUAUUUACAACUGACGUGUACAGAGGUUUAUUGGGUCUGGCAACAUGGUGGAGUUGUUUCACGUUAUUCGCGACUACCGCCAUGGGCAUGUUCUAUCAGUCAUACUUUUCCAGUAUGUGAGAAGUUCAUCACGGAAGGGACGAUUUCACGUCAUUUCGCACAAAUCUACGUCAAUCUGUGUAAUUGGUCUAUUGAUUUCAACGUUGUCAGAAUAUUUUUUGAAAAAGGUACCUACAGGAGGGUACGCACAAUAUCGGCUGUCCAAUGAAACCAUUUCUACUAACUUUUAAAAUUUGUAAUACGUAUAAUAAUAAAAUCGCUGCGGCUACACUAUGUCGAAACGUAUGUUUAAAUUUACCAUGUAAUGUACAACAUUUAUACGAACAGAUAGACUUAACGCGUCGUAUUAAUAUGAUGACAGUAUGAACAGGGAGAAAUUGACGGAUGCUUUAUGGUCGAAUUUAAGUAUGGCUUCCGAGUAUGUGCGAGACAUAAAUAAAUUGUAUCACUGCCAGUUAUUUAAUAUUCCACGAACGACUUACUGAUUACCAUUAAUAACCUGUCUGCGUAUUAGUACCGUGUGGCUGAAAGUAACUUUCCUCGGCAAUGUCAUGGUCAUAGAUAAAUCAGACUAAAUGUACCACUACCUUUUUUAUGUUGAUUGUAGUCAUUCGAUUCUUGUACAUACACACACAUAUAUAUUUCUGUGAAAAACACUCAAGGUUUCGGGUAUAAUACACCAAUGUUUUAAA